AUGCCCCCUCGUGGAGCUUUCAUAGUCCUCGAGGGGCUCGACCGGUCCGGUAAGACCACGCAGGUCAAGUUACUUGAGGAGCGUCUCAGGGCUGCAGGACGACCAGUCAAGACAAUGAGGUUCCCUGAUCGAUCAACGACAAUCGGUGGUAUGAUUGACGGUUAUCUAAAGAGUGAUGUAGAAUUGGAAGACCACGUCAUUCAUCUCUUAUUCAGUGCGAAUCGAUGGGAAACAGCGAGAACCAUCAUCAGUACCCUCGAACAGGGCACAUCCAUCAUCUGCGACCGCUACGUCCACUCGGGCAUAGUCUACUCAGCAGCAAAGGGCAACCCGUCCCUCGAUGUGGGCUGGGCCAGCGCCCCAGAGAGGGGGCUCCCCCGUCCCGACAGGGUCGUGUUUCUUGAUCUCACGCCCGAGGAGACCAGUAGACGUGGGGGGUGGGGGGACGAGCUAUACGAGAAGGCUGAGAUGCAGAACCGUGUCAGGCGACUAUUUCGUGGGCUGGCGGGGGAGGGAGAGGCGGAGGCGAAGAGGGAUGAGGAUGUGGUUGUUGUCAGUGCAGCAGGGGCCAUCGAUACCGUUGCAGAGAAUAUCUGGCAGGUUGUUGAGGGGGUCAUCGAUGGGGUGAGUGGGGAGCCGAGGAUGAUUGAGUAG